UGCUCAACUUCUUUGUGAAGCCAAUGGACGAGGAUUUCAAUAUCCCACCAGCUGAUGAGAUGAACGAGGACAUGGACAUGGAUCUUCCGGUCGAUAACCCUAUUUCCAAAGUUGGAGAGGAGAAAGAGAUUGGGAAACAGGGAUUGAAGAAGAAACUUGUCAAGGAAGGUGAAGGGUGGGACACCCCAGAAAAUGGCGACGAAGUUGAAGUUCAUUACACUGGAACCUUGCUUGAUGGAACCCAGUUUGAUUCAAGCAGAGAUAGGGGGACGCCAUUCAAAUUUACGCUCGGCCAAGGUCAAGUGAUCAAGGGAUGGGAUCAAGGUAUUAAGACAAUGAAGAAGGGUGAAAAUGCCAUCUUUACCAUUCCUCCAGAGCUGGCUUAUGGUGAAUCAGGGUCCCCUCCAACCAUUCCUCCUAAUGCCACUCUGCAGUUUGAUGUUGAGCUGGUGUCUUGGGUUAGCGUGAAAGAUAUAUGCAAGGAUGGAGGGAUUUUCAAGAAAAUAUUCACUGAAGGAGAGAAAUGGGAGAGCCCAAAAGACCCAGAUGAAGUUCUAGUGAAGUACGAAGCACGACUUGAUGAUGGAACUCUGGUUUCAAAGUCUGAUGGAGUGGAAUUCACUGUUCGUGAAGGGUACUUCUGUCCUGCAUUGUCCAAGGUUGUGAAAACAAUGAAGAAAGGAGAAAAGGUGCUCUUGACAGUGAAGCCACAAUAUGCUUUUGGAGAGAAUGGUAGGCUAGCCUUCGGUGAAGAAGGUGCUGUUCCACCGAAUGCCAAUCUCCAGAUAACUCUUGAGUUAGUCACUUGGAAGACAGUUACAGAAGUAACGGAUGAUAAGAAAGUAUUGAAGAAGAUCCUCAAGGAAGGAGAAGGCUACGAGCGCCCUAACGAUGGGACUAUUGUCAAAGUGAAGUUGAUUGGGAAAUUACAAGAUGGAACAGUAUUUUUGAAGAAGGGCCAUGAUGAGGAAGAGCUUUUUGAGUUCAAAACUGAUGAUGAACAAGUUAUUAAUGGGCUUGACAAAGCUGUUAUGACCAUGAAGAAAGGGGAGGUUGCCCUGGUGACAGUUGCACCAGAGUAUGCUUUUGGUUCGUCUGAAUCACAGCAGGCACUCGCUGUGGUCCCUCCCAACUCAACUGUUUAUUAUGAAGUUGAGCUUGAGUCCUUUGUUAAGGAGAAGGAAUCUUGGGAUAUGAACACUCAGGAGAAGAUCGAAGCAGCUGGUAAAAAGAAGGAAGAUGGAAAUACACUGUUCAAGGCGGGUAAAUACGCCAGAGCCUCCAAGAGAUAUGAGAAGGCUGCGAAGUACAUUGAUUAUGAUAGCAGCUUUGGCGAGGAGGAGAAAAAACAAGCCAAGGCAUUGAAGGUCACUUGUAAUCUCAACAAUGCAGCUUGCAAGCUUAAGCUGAAAGAUUACAAGGAAGCAGAAAAGCUAUGCACCAAGGUUUUGGAUAUGGAGAGUACAAAUGUUAAGGCCCUCUACAGGCGUGCUCAAGCAUAUAUCCAAAUGGCAGAUCUGGACUUGGCUGAGUUAGAUAUAAAAAAGGCUCUCGAAAUUGAUCCCGAUAAUAGGGAUGUGAAGUUGGAGUACAAGGUUCUUAAGGAGAAGGUAAAAGAGUACAAUAAGAAGGAUGCCAAGUUCUAUGGCAAUAUGUUUGCAAGGAUGAGUAAGCUAGAGCAGCAUGAAGCAAAUAAAGCAGCAGUGAAGAAGGAGCCUGAGCUCAUGAGCAUUGACAGCAAGGCUUAGAAAUGUUGAUGACAAAUAGUUGGGGUUUUUCUUAGCUCUUUGGUUCUACUC